GCCAACUGCCACUGCUGGAGCAGCACUGAAAGGAACAGGAAAAACUGGAGAGACUUUCUUCUUUUCUUCUCCUGCAUUUCCAUUUCCCUUUCUCCAGUGACUCCUAUUGGCAGAAUGUAAUAGAAAGCCAGCUGGGCAGCUCGGAAAUAUGGUUUCAAGAGUUCAGUCCCCAGCCUCACAGUGUAGAGAAUAACUGAAGGCUGGAUCUGAAGUUGAAAGACAAUUGCUUGAGUAACCAGGAUUGCUGAAGCCUGAAUCACUCUUUCCUCUAGGAAUUCAUGGAAUAUUUAACCAGUUGGAGGGCGGGGCACAUCCCUGAAACUAAAACCCCAAGUGGACCUGCGAUCUGUCUGGUUAGAGGUGAAAUUAGGAAGAUUCCUGGACCAGUCUCAUUCCCCGCGCUGACCUCCUCCGGGAAUCAGUAGGACCACGGAGCUCGCAGCGGGGGAUGCAGGGCCGGAAGCAGGGGCGAAGGGAGCCCGCGAUGCGUCGCUAGUGGGCGCUCGCGCAGAGGCCGGCUUGGCCUGCUGGGACGCCCUCCUAGUUGGUGCGGGACGGGCCUACCGUCCCCUGGCGGCCGUGCUGUGCGGCGGCAUUGCGGAUCCCCGUGCGUCUGUGGAGCGUCCUGACUCCAGCCCUCUCCUCACGAGGCCUCACUGCUGGGGCACCUACAUCGACGGUCGGGACCCCAUCGUCGCCCUCUAUCCCUGGCCUGCUUCUCUCAGGCCCCGGAGACCGGCCUCUGCCCGCCUCCCUAGCCCCGCGCAGCAUGCGGACCAUAGGCCUUGAUGGUCCCUACGCGAUCAGCCGGCGGCCUCUCCUGUGUCUGCUGCUCCUGCUGUGUCUGCUGCUGCGGCCGGUAACCCAAGUCCAGACCACGCCGGGUGCCCCCAGCACCCCGACCAUGUUGGAAACCCCUAGCGCCUCCACCAGGCCGGUCACCUCCAGCGCCCCGACAGCUCCAGGCACCCCCAGAGCCCCGAGUCUGCGGGAGCGCACUCUGGCCCUGAUGCGGGUCUUCCGGCUGGUGGAUGGCCACAAUCACCUGCCCAUGCUUCUAAAGGAGGUUCUCCAAAACAAGCUGCAAAAUGUCAACCUACGCAAUUUCAGUCUUGGCCAGACCAACCUGGACAGGCUUAGGGAUGGCCUCGUGGGUGCACAGUUCUGGUCAGCCUACACCCCAUGCCAGGACGAGGAUGCUGUGCGCCUCACUCUGGAGCAGAUUGACCUCAUUCAUCGCAUGUGUGCCUCCUACUCUGAACUGGAGCUUGUGACCUCAGCCACAGGUCUGAACAGUACUCAAAAGCUGGCGUGCCUUAUUGGCGUGGAGGGUGGUCACUCAAUAGACAGCAGCCUCUCUGUGCUACGCAGUUUCUAUCUGCUGGGAGUACGCUACCUGACACUCACCUUCACCUGCAGCACGCCCUGGGCAGAGAGUUCCACCAAGUUUAAACACCACUUCUACACCAACAUCAGUGGAUUGACAAGCUUUGGUGAGAAGGUAAUAGGGGAAAUGAACCGCCUGGGCAUGAUGGUGGACUUGUCCUAUGGGUCGGACACCUUGAUGCGGCAAGCCCUGAAGGUGUCAAGGGCUCCUGUGAUCUUCUCCCACUCAGCUGCCAGAGCUGUAUGUGACAAUAUGCUGAAUGUUCCCGAUGACAUCCUGCAACUCCUGAAGAAUAACGGUGGCAUUGUGAUGGUGUCGCUGUCCAUGGGGGUGCUGCAGUGUAACCUGUUUGCUGACGUGUCCACUGUGGCAGAUCACUUCGACCACAUCAGGGCAGUCAUUGGAUCUGAGUUCAUCGGGAUUAGUGGAAAUUAUGAUGGAUCUGGCCGGUUCCCUCAGGGGCUGGAGGACGUAUCCACAUACCCGGUACUGAUAGAGGAGUUGCUGAGACGAGGCUGGAGGGAAGAAGAGCUUCAGGGUGUCCUUCGUGGAAAUCUGCUGCGGGUCUUCAGACAAGUGGAACAGGUGAGAGAGGAAAGCAGUGGCCAGAGCCCUCGGGAGGAUGAAUUUCCAAACAGGCAGAUGGGCAGGUCCUGCCACUCCCACCUCCUGACUCAGCCUCAGAGUGAACACCUGGUCUCACACCCAGAGAUGAACAAGUGGCCGGCCAAUCAAGCCCUCCAAAGGCCCUCCAAAGCCUCCCCACACUUCAUCCUAGGCCUGGUAGCUGCUGCCACCUUCUCAGUCUUCGUCCUGUGGCCCUCGUGACCUGGCCAGUCCCCACAAAGGUCACUGUGGCUGAGUCUCCCGAAGUUCCCCUCCUAGUCAUCCAGGCACAAGCACGUGCUGAGAAUAAACAUUUUGGGUAGGAA